AUGGGGCUGGGAGGCCGGGGCGUGGUGGGAGACAGGUGGUCGCAGCGCAUCCUAUGGAUCUGCGCCCUGGGCAGCGCCAUGAGCCUCUACUUCGUGGCGGUGGAGAGGCAGGCGCAGAACCGCGCGCGGGCGGUGGCCGAGGGCCUCAAGGCCCUCGACGGCGCCGGGGAUGACGUGUGA